AUGUCCACUGAAGAGCCUCAGCCCGGCCCCGGCCAAGAUGCCAGCCGCGUCGCCGACCAGCUUGACCGCCUCAACAUGGACGGUGAGGGCGAAGUAGCCCCGCGCACCGAGGAAGAGUACGCUGAGUCGCAGCUCACCCUGCGAGCCAUUGUCUCAUCCAAGGAGGCCGGAGUCAUCAUUGGCAAGGCGGGCAAGAACGUCGCCGACCUACGCGACGAGACUGGCGUGCGCGCCGGUGUCAGCAAGGUCGUUCAAGGCGUUCAUGACCGCGUCCUCUCCGUCACCGGUAGUCUCUCUGGUAUCUCAAAGGCAUACGGCUUGGCCGCUAAAGGGUUACUCGAGGGCGCACCUGCCAUGGGCAUGGGCGGCGUCAUUCGCACCGACGGCACCCAUCCCAUCCGCCUCCUCAUCUCGCACAACCAGAUGGGCACCAUCAUUGGUCGCCAGGGCCUCAAGAUCAAGCAGAUUCAAGAUGCGUCCGGUGUACGAAUGGUUGCACAAAAGGAAAUGCUACCCCAGUCUACUGAGCGUAUCGUCGAAGUCCAAGGAUCUCCGGCUGGCAUCGAGAAGGCUGUCUGGGAGAUUGGCAAGUGCCUUAUCGACGACCAUGAGCGCGGCUAUGGCACUGUCCUCUACAACCCCGUCGUCAGGGUCCAACCCGGCGCUGGCCCCGGUCCGCUUUCCAACGGGGGUAGCGCGCCUAGUGGUAGUAUGGGCGGACGCUCGUACAACCGCACCGGUCACGGUGCUGAUUUCAGCGAUUCGCCGCCUGCUUUCUCUCGACGAUCCGGCUCCGAUGCCGCCAGCAGGCCCCCGCCCCCGACGCAUACCGAAGACGGCGAAGAGAUGCAGACCCAGAACAUAAGCAUCCCAUCUGACAUGGUCGGUUGUAUCAUAGGACGCGGUGGUACCAAGAUCAGCGAGAUCCGGAAGACCUCCAACGCUCGCAUCUCCAUUGCGAAAGCACCGCAUGAUGACACGGGCGAGCGCAUGUUCACCAUUACUGGUAGCGCCAGUGCUAAUGAAAAGGCCCUCUACCUCUUGUACGAGAACCUCGAGGCUGAGAAGAUGCGACGUAGCCAGGCACAGGAAUAGGCCGCUUAGCCGGCAGAUCUGCCUUCCGGCAUCGGCGCGGGUGAUGGCUGAUGUUGGUACUACCACCACGCCUUCAUUGUGGCAACUGUACCGUCCUAUCUGGAGUUGGCGAAACGAUGCGGAGUCCAUCCGGCUCUGAUAUGUAUCACUGGCUUUCUCCGUCCUCAACCUGUAUGUCUUUACGCGUCUGGAGCUGGAAGCCCGCGGAAAGCGAUAACAAAAGCAUGGAUUUGCUGAAUUUCUUACUUGCUGUUAACUGAUGGAUACCACGGACUGUUUGGGAACAUUGUUUGCUUUUCUUUCUAGUGUCGAGAGAGAAGUCGAGAUCUGAGUGCACGCUGAGCGGCUCACGAAUAUCAUGACGUUAUGGCCUUUGAUAUCCGGAUAGCAUAUCUGCUCAUGGGUAGCAGCUCUGGCAUCCAUUUUUGGGGUUUUCUGGGCGAAGAAGAAGUGGGAGAGAACAGUGAUUCUUCUCAUCAUCUCAUACUCUCUCCUACUACCACGGCUCGAUGUAUCCUCCCUAAUCACUCCCUCAUGCUCUACCCGAAACUAGCUUCCCAUAGACCCUACCAUCACUCUCCCACCAACAAGGCCGAUAUAAUGAAACAAGAUGUAC